GUCAAUUCGGAAUCCAUUCCAAAAACUCGCAGGAAAAGUUCGAAGCAUUUUUAGCUAUUUUGAGCAAUAAAACGGCAACUUUAACGCUAAAUACAUGAUAAAAUCGGGAAAAAGUUUGCGAAGCAUGAGAAUAUUUGAUUAACAGAAUAUACAAUGUCUAUGGCCUCGGUGCAGAAAUUUUUUGAGAACAUUCGUAAUUUUUUUGGCAAUGAUCGAAAGAGACCUGCUGACCAAGAAGAUUUCUACUUACCAAGCAAAAAAUUCCGACGAUUAGGAUACGACUUUGAGAACGAAUAUUCCGACACUGAGAUGGAUUUCCUUGGCAAAAGUCGACAAAAGAAGCGAACAUUAAACCAGAAACGCCUUUCUGUGGGCACAAAUCACUUGAGCAAUGGAUUCGCAUCCACAAGUUCGAAUCAUCGUACUAACAAUGUCCUUCCAGAUGACGAUGUGGUUUAUAUUAGUGAUCAACCGCCAUCAACUAGCACAGUUUUUGUGACGCGCAUUCGCCCCUUUGGUGCUUCAGAUCCCAUUGCGCACAGUAGUUUUGCUCCAGCAGACGUCCCAUCGCUAAUUCCAUUGGCAAAAACCCCUUUCGCGGCAUCUUCGACGCUUUUACCGCGUCCCAGCACAAGCAACUUUAGUUUCACGCAGAAGCCGGUACCUCGUGGCUUGCCAAUUAACUCGAUAAUGAAUGGCGGAGGGAGUUUUAUGUCUGUCUCGAUGCGGAAACACAACGAACAAAGUCGAACGGGCUUCAAGGGACUCGAUACGGUCGAGAGAAUGAGUCGAGGGCAUGCAAUGGCGAGCAUGGCACGUGCGAGAAGUCCUGUUUUCGGUAAUUCUGUGAUGUCUAUCAACACGGAACGGAACGACAAAGAGAAAUAUUACGAGCUUUUGAAGCAAGUUUGUCCCGAUUUGUAUUCAAAAACGAAAAUGAACUCCACAGAUCUCGUCGAUCUCACAAAAUCCGAAGAUGGACCCAAAGGCAGUAGCACAAAAAUUGUCGAUUUGACAGAGAGUCAAUCCACAACUCGGAGUGUUUCGCCAUCGGAAGUCAACACGUUAAUGGAACGCCUGUCAUGCAAACCCGUCUUCAAGCCAGAUUUAAUAUCAAAAAUUACAAAAACGCACGAAGUCAAUGCCGAACGGCGCAAAGCUCAGAUCGCCGAAGAAGAAAAAAAUUACAAUCAACGUCGCAAUGAAACGGAUGAAGCGAUGAAAUCUUUCCGAAAACGCUAUUCGGGCAUUUCUGAGACUGUGGAUCAACUUAUGCAACGCAUCGACGACGGAAUCGAGGAAGAGGAGGAAGAAGAAGAAGUCGCAUAUCCCCAAAUCACAGCUGAACAUCAAAAAACCAUCAAAUAUGCAUUGUACGGAGGUGCUCCGGGCGAAGUGAUUAUCGAAAAGUUCAAUCUGCGAAUCACGAGAAACGAUUUGAACACGCUCGUAGGUGUCACGUGGUUAAAUGACGAAGUCAUCAACUUCUAUAUGAACCUCCUGAUGGAACGGGCGGAACAAAGAACGGAUCUUCCGAAGGCGUAUUGCUUCAAUACGUUCUUCAUUCCGACGUUGAUGCAACGCGGGCAUGGCGGCGUACGUCGCUGGACCCGAAAAGUCGACCUUUUUUCGUACGAUUUGAUUCCUGUGCCCGUUCAUGUGGGCGGCGUGCAUUGGUGCAUGGCAAUUAUUCGGAUGAAGGAGAAAAUUAUUCGGUAUUACGAUUCGAUGGGAAAUCCGAAUCAGCCGGUGCUCGAUGCCCUUGAGAGAUAUUUGAUCGACGAGUCCAUGGAUAAGCGGAAAAUCGCACUCGAUACGAGCGAUUGGAAGAAGGAGAGUAUCAGAGACUGCCCGCAACAGCGGAAUGGCAGCGAUUGCGGCGUCUUCAGUUGUAUGAAUGCGGAACACUUGACGCGAAAUGCACCACUGAAGUUUAGUCAGAACGAGAUGCCCUACUUUAGACAGAAAAUGGUUCUGGAAAUUGCCACGGGCAAGCUACUCACUUAACUCGCGUUGUUAAUAAAAUUAUAUUUAUUUGUAAAACUUUAAAAAAAUCACAGACAACAGUGGUCGCAUUUCGUAGAUAGACGACAUUCUCAUCACUGACAUGUUUCUGACUUGUAAAAAUUUUCAUUUCAUUUUUUAUUUUCAUUAAAAAUUGCGUUAAGAAAUUAAAUUUAUUUUUUAAGGUCGUCGUUUCAAUUUUUUUUACAAAAUUUUUUGUUCA